AAAGUAAAGAAUGUGCUGUAAUUGUAGAGGUUGGGGAUGUGGUCCACAUUUUUUACAGUUUUAAUGGCUUAAUUAUAUAUAUAUAUAUAUAUAAUUAUUAUAUAGAAAGUUCUGCAUUAAAUAGAACUUGUGUGUUAGUUCUGAAGCUAAAAAUGACUUGAUGUACAGAUGUAAAAGUCUGUUUUUUUCAUGUGUAACAGUGUGGAGAACACACAGCAUAUGUGGAAAUAUACACGUUAUUAUUUUAAUUCAUGGAAUCUAAUUUAAUGGAGAGAAACAAUUAGGAAACAGACGUCUAUGUUAAUUCAUCCUCGGAAUGUGAAAGAGACAAGUUUUAAUAGUAUUUCUGAUAUAUUUAAAAGAGAGAAACUGAAAUGAAAACUGCUUUCAUAUUUAUCAAGAGAUUGAUAGGAAAAAAUAACUCUAAUAACUUAAUAUAUAAAGAAAAGAAGUUGUAUCAAAAUGACUGUCAGGUUUUUCCUAAGAGUAUGGAACUAUAUAUAAGUUGUUGUUUUUUUUUUGUUUUGUUUUUUUAAAUAAUGUUAGGUUAAAUAUAAAUGAUUACAUUUGUAAUAAAGCUACAUUCCUGAAUGAUCAGAGAUCUACUGGAAGUGUGUGUUAGCAUUCUGUCAGGGUGUCUCGGAAACUGACGGCCAGUUUGUAUUUUCACUGCGGAAUAGCUUCCAGAGAACGGAUUAACACUCACACUGUUAUUAUUCAGUCACUCUUAACAGUGGGAGGUGCCUCUCGUCUACUCUCAUGCUCAACACUGUGAAAUGUGUUUCUGUAAUGUGACUACUCAAUGCCAUAUACAUUUCUAACUUCUCAACACAGUGAAAUGUGUUUCUGUAAUGUGACUACUGAAUGUCAUGUACAUUUCUAACUUCUCAACACAGUGAAAUAUGUUUCUGUAAUGUGACUACUGAAUGUCAUGUACAUUUCUAACUUCUCAACACAGUGAAAUGUGUUUCUGUAAUGUGACUCAAUGUCAUGUACAUUUCUAAACUUUCAAAACACAGUGCAGUGUGUUAAUAUACUGUGAUUACUGAAUUCAGAUUACUUAAAAUUUGACUACUGAAUUUCGUGUACAUUUCUAAAUUCUCAAUACAUGGUGAAAUGUGUUUCGAUAAUGUGACUACUGAAUUUCGUGUACAUUUUUAAAUUCUCAAUACAUGGUGAAAUGUGUUUCUAUUAUGUGAUUAUUGAAUUGAGAGUAUGUAAACUUUGAAACAGUGCAAUGUCUUUCUGUGAAGAGACUAACUGAUUGUUGUGUACAUUUCUAAACUCCAAAAACUCACACCGAAAUGUGUUUCUGUGAUGUAAUUAUUGAAUGUCAAGAACAUUUCCAAUCGUGAAACAUGUUGGAUAUAAACAUUCUUAAAAUGACAUUAUCUUUUAAGGCUGUCACAUAUGCAUUCAUUUUGCAGAAUGUGUUUGUGUUCGUCCUGGCGAGUGACAGCUGUGAGUCCUGUGUUCAACAGCCCGGCUCAUGUCGUACGGUCGCAGGCGUCUUCGUCGUAUCGGGGCUGACCACCGGAACAUACAACCCCAUGUUAGAAAUCCCACCCCGAGCCUGCCAAAUUAACAUCACAGAAGUCGCUCUCACAAAAAACUACAUAGCUUUAAAGUCUGAUGGGUCACAGAGAAUUUUAAACAACUACUGGGUGCUGUCUCAGUCUGGUCGUUACCCUGGUGCAGGGACAGUCUUCGAGUAUUUCCAGGGGGGAGCACACCCAGACUGCCCUGGACAGUGUGUGUUUGCUGCAGGCCCGACAACCAAGUCCGUCACUGUGCAGCUUCUGUACUAUUCAAAGAACCUUGGAGUCCGAUAUGAGUUUGUGCUGCCAAACAACGUCCCCUUCCAGCGUCUCGAAGGAACAUUCGCCCAGAUCGACAGUCAGCCGAGCUCAUCGAGAAGGGUGACCACUCGCAGGAAGGCCAAGAGUCCAUCUAGGUUUGAUGGUGAACGCUCGGGGCAGCCAUUCAGCAGUCGAACCGAGGGUUCCUUGUUGAUCCGCAGCAGAGAUCAGUUGAGAUCGAGUCUAACGUCUCACAGGAACUCUUCGUCCAAACCACACGCCGGUCCGAGCAGACGUGAAUCCAAAUCACGCUCCACUGCUACGAGACGGGUUUCUCCUUCCCAACCCGACGUCAUCCGACGCAGGUACGGGUACGACGAUCUCGACGGUAGAGGUCUCAGUUACUCCCAGCCUCGCAGAAACUCCCGCAGAAACCCUCGCAGGAGAGGAGGCAGGGGCAGGAAGGUCCCCGUCGUGAAGCAGAUGCCAAGGUAUGUGGCACCUUCCAUUGGAGGCAGAGGGGUUACGAGGUAUGAAGCUAGCAGUCUUCAGGGACACAGAGAGGUCAGUGGGCUGCAGGGUCACAGAGCGGCCCUGGCAAGCAGGAGCUACUACAGAGGGGGUCAGAAAGCAGAUGUGAGGGCAAGGCAGAAAGCAGACGUGAGGGCAAGGCAGACAGUAAAUGCGAGGGCAAGACAGAAAGCAGAGGCGAGGGCAAGGCAAAAAAUGAGGACAAGGCUUAACUCACUGACAGAUAAUGACAUCUCUGUGUCCAGAAAGGGACGACCGGUGGAUCGAGGAGGGCGGGGUCAGUACGAGUGGAAGAUUUCUGGCUUCACGGAAUGUUCAGUCACAUGUGGAGGAGGCUUCCAGCAAACACUGAUCAUCUGUGUGCUGAAGAAUGCCAGAACGCAUGUGACGGUUACCGAGGACAACUGCGAUGUCCGGACGAAACCCGACAAACAGCAGGUCAAAUGUAACUCCAUCCCGUGUCCGGCAGACUGGGUUGUGUCUCCGUGGUCAGCGUGCAGCGUCACGUGUGGGUCGGGGACUCAGAUGCGGAGGAUCACGUGUAAACAGCGUCUGUCCCGCACGCUGCACCUCGCUGUGUCGGCCAGCAAGUGUGAUGACCACUCAAAGCCCGCUGUGUCACAGAUGUGUGAGCGCGACCUGUGUGCCGCCUGGAACGUCAGUGCGUGGGAACAGUGUUCUGUGGAGUGUGGAGUUGGCGAGAGGAAGCGGAAAGUGAAGUGUGUGGACCACCACAAGAAACACAUUCCUAACAAGUACUGUCCAGGACCGGCCCCCACGGCCAUUGAACCGUGCAACAUGGGGGCGUGUCACCAACAGUGGUGGGUCACAGCCUGGUCACAUCAGUGUCCCGCAGACUGUGGUUCCGGGGUACAGACGAGGAGUGUCGUCUGUUCCAAUAACCUUGGCGACAAGCUAGAUGACAGUUUGUGUGAACAGUCCAAGAAGCCGGAGACACAAGCGGCCUGUCGCAGUCGAAAACCGUGCGACCAAGGGACGUGGUUCAUCGGACCUUGGAGCCAGUGUUCGUCAGGGUGUGGAACUGGAGUCCGCCAGCGUGAAGUUGCCUGCAUAAAGUCGAACGGUCCGGGUUUGUCCACCUUACCAGACGUAGACUGUGUGACUGAAGACAAACCGCCCACCACUGAGGCAUGUCAGAACGAUGCUUGUGGUGCCCAGUGGUACAUGACAGCCUGGAGUCAGUGUUCAGUGUCGUGCGGUCCGGGAACCAAACAACGCCUGGUGAGGUGUCUUGACCAGCUGCAGCAACCAGCGCUGGGCUGUGAUGUAGAGGAGAAACCCACCGAACAGAAAACCUGUCAGAACACAGACUGUCAGCCGAGGUCGUCGCCACAGGCCAUCAGCACACGUGGAUUGUGUAAAGACAAAUACCGCAACUGCAGAGUCGUGGUACAGGCCAGGCUAUGUUCAUACCACUACUACAAGAAAAUAUGUUGUCACUCCUGUCAGUCAGAACACUAGACAUUGCUAACACAACCACAUUAGAACACUAGCCAUUGCUGACACAACCACAUCAGAACACUAGACAUUGCUAACACAACCAUAUCAGAACACUAGACAUUGCUAACACAACCACAUCAGAACACUAGACAUUGCUAACACAACCACAUCAGAACACUAGACAUUGCUAACACAACCACAUCAGAACACUAGACAUUGCUAACACAACCACAUCAGAACACUAGACAUUGCUAACACAACCACAUCAGAACACUAGACAUUGCUAACACAACCACAUCAGAACACUAGACAUUGCUAACACAACCACCAAACCAGACUAUGUUCGUACCACUGCUACAAGAAAAUAUGUUGUCAUUCUCGUCUGUCAGAACACUAAAUUUAGCCUCACAUACAAGUUUUAGAUCAUUUACAAAGAUGUUGUGAGAAGGAAAUCAAAAGAGAUUUUUUUUUCAUCUUCAUUUGUGAACAUCUAGCAGCCUUUCUACUUAUAGAGAUCAAUUAAGAAUGAAGGAUUUGGAAUAAAACAUAUGAAUUUGGCCUCUGAGAGUGUUUUCCACCAAUAAGUGCAAACAUGAUUGUGAUUAUGAACACGGAGAGAUGGUUUCUACUGAUAUCCAACAGUCCAUUUGCACCAAGCGAAGGUGAACAUUAACCACUGAGUAUUGCCAAAAGGUUCACUCUUGUCUUUCAAUUCGCAGUUGAUCUACAUAGAAAAAUGCUAUAAAAUUUUUGUAUUUAAUUUUUUUUAAAUCUAAAACCUGAUGUGAAUUCACCAUUGGUGAUGAAAGAUUGUUGGUGGUGGAAGAUUGUUCGUUGUUUAUGCAUGCAUGAGAAUUUGCAGCGUUUCAGCAGUUUACCACAUUUCAGGGGCCGUCUGGACCAUUCCUGCAAUUAGUGCAAAUUCGAGGAGAUCUGAAAAUGUCAUUAUAGAGGCCUAAGUUGGGUACUAUUUGGGCUACUACCAUCCACCCUGGUUAGUUUUUCUUCCAUUUUGCUUGCACCAAGUGAAGCUUUAGUCUAGUGGUUUAUAUAGUGACUUCUACAAUAUCGAUAGGGGAUGCUACCCACCUGUGCCCUACACUUGCUUAGUCACUGUACGAUACCAUCUAUUUGGAAUCUGACCUGUUUCCAUGCCUGUUAAUGUUCACGAUUGUAACGGUGUUUGCUUGGUGGAGAUUCAUUCCGAUAGUGAUGGAGCUGCCCCAUCUCCCUUGUCUCUCUGAAAUUUGAGACAUUUUUACUUAAUCAUUGAAGCAAAAGGAGAUUUAAAUCCACUGUUGGUAGGAUAGGUUAAUCGGUGUUCAGAUGUUUGCUGGGUGGAAAAGAGCCCAAACAUAAUUUACUAUUUACUUUCUUUUGUAGGUCCUUUCUGUUAUUAGUACCCUACCCUAUUCUUCACAGAAUUAUGGCCCUUGAACUUAGGAGAUGUGAAAAUUUGUUUUCAGUACUCUUUUUUUUUCGCAAUGCCUUAAGAUAUUGAGCUGAAAUUUUGCAUAUUGCUUUAAUUACCAUGUACUGUUACAGAUCAAGUUUGACUUUCAUGGCGAUAUACCCAUUUGUCACAUAGUUAUGGCCCUUAAACUUGGGAGAUACAAAACUUUAAUUAGCCCGGUAAGGUGACAUGUAUUGCUUUAGGAGUACUCAGAAUAUUUGUUCUAUGUUGGACUUCAUGAUAUACUUUACAAUGCUGCAGUUUGCAUUUAAAUUAUGUUCAUGUUAAAUACGUGUUUGGGUUUAAAUUGUAAUAAAGUUUUAUUAGAAUUACUUGCUGCCAAAUCUUCAAAUAUUUCACUUGUUUUAUUUAUAAUUUGUUUGUUAACAUCAUAAUCACGCUAAAGAAAGAGAGUUUUAUUUAACUUCGUCAUUGUCAUGCAAUGCUUUAUAAAGGUGAAGUAUUAUAACAAUUUUUUUUGUUUUUUUUUGUUUAACGACACCACUAGAGCACAUUGAUUAAUUAAUCAUCGGCUAUUGGAUGUCAAGCAUUAGGUCAUUCUGACACGUUGUCAUCAGAGAAAACCU